AUGGCAUUAAACUCAUCUUUAUCUGCUGCUGAUCAUAUUCAAAAAUUAAUUCAUGAUUAUCCAGUUGUAAUUUUUUCGAAAUCUAAUUGUCCUUAUUGUCAUAAAGCAAAAAAAAUUCUAUCAAAAUAUACAUUAGAUAAUAAAUAUUAUGUUCUUGAACUUAAUCAAUUAUCAAAUACUGAUGAAUAUCAAACAGAAUUACAAAAAUUAACAAAUGAUAGAACUGUACCACGUAUAUUUAUUGAUGGAAAAUGUAUUGGUGAUGAAGAAGAUCUUGAAAAUUUAGAAAAAACAGGUGAUUUGAAAAAACAAUUAGAAGCAAUUAAAGAUUUAUAA